UUGUCGUGAGUUUUCGAGAACAUAUAGGCCGUCGAAAAUGCGAUUUACUCGCACAGCUCAGGCUGCACUUCCUCUGCCUCACACUGCAUGGCGCUAUUACAAACAGGUCCAACACGGAAAUUCACCUCGGAAGAAACACGGAUUGCGCUUCACUAGUUCCGCCGUGGAAAAACAGCCGAUGCAGUCCUCCUCUACAGCCAAUAUCCGACAUCGAUAGUGACUGACCGCACGGCUGGAAAGCGGCAUGUAAUUUGGCCGUGUUGAAGCUUAGCACAGCCUGCAUCAGCACCAACCAGCGUUUUAACAGAAGAUAUGUGCAGGGUGUGGAUGUGCUGAUAGCCUGGUAGCAAGCUCACCUGUUUGUGUUGUGGUGCUGGUGGUGCUGGUGAUGGAGAACAUCGAGGAGUCUUCGCCCCUCCGGAUCACUCCUACCGUCCGGGCGCUGAGCUCCGCACUGCGGGGGAAGCGUGAAAAUGUCCCCGAUUCGAGCCGGGAACACGGGGACAGGAUAUUCCCCGAACCGGAGAAGCUUUGGUUCAAGGAGAGCAGCGCUAAAAAUCUGCGGAACAGGGACUUCUUGUCUCCGACCACGAUGCUUAACACGCUGUAUGCGGACGGACAGGUCCCUCCAGCAGUGAUGUCCAGGGUCCUGUCUCUCCGUGGUAGUGGCAUUCUCCCUGUGGCUGGCGGGGAGGUAAUGGGUGAGGGUUUAAGGGUGAGGGUGGAUCGAGCUGCAGCCUUCAAGGCUGUCCUGGCAGGUGGAGCCACAGAGUACCUAAAGCCCUCAAGUCAGCGGCAAGGUUGCGUGGUGCUCAACUGCCCUGCGAUGCACCCCAAGCCCAACACACCCACCCCUGAUACACUGACUCUGGGUCAGCUGAGGACUGUUCUGUUGGCUGACCACAUGGGGGCGCUGUUGAGAAGACAGGGAUUUGCAGUGUCUUAUUGCCCCACGCUUCCCGAAGACAGCGACAUCAUCGCCUUUCUCAGAGCUCUGGGCAUCGAUUGGCCGACAACCCCAGCUAACUGGACUAACGAGGAGCGGGAAGAGAAGAUUCAGGAGGCGCUGGAGAACUCUGUCUACAGGGAGAGGGAAACAGAGAAAAGCAGAAGGACCAGCGGAGGUGGAGGGGGAGGAGGAGGAGGAGGGGGAAGGAAGGUGGAGGAGGAGAACGAAGGAGCGCUCAGGGUCAACCUGAAAAGAGUGUUCCAGGAGGAGGGGCUGCUGGGAUAUGACCCCAGCCUCGGUACCUGCACAGUACACAGAGACAGUGUUUCCCACCUGGCGCAACUGGACCUAGCCACAGCCGACUGCACAGUAGCCAUGGCAACAACGUUACAUGUGACUUCCUGCCAGGAUGAGUUCCGCCAGCAGCAGAUAGCAGUGCUGUGGAGAGCCAGUGGAGCGACACAUACACAGAGACAUUUGGUGUGUGGGCCCGUGAAGACUCCUGGUUCUCACCUCACUGCUGCACAGUAUCUGCAGUUGAGAAGAGGUCAGAUGAAGGAGGCCUCAGAGAUGAAGUAUGGAGAUCAAGUAGAAGGUCAGACAUGGGAUGACAUCAUCAGGGUCAUGACCUCUGCCACUGUCAGAUUUGAGCUACUGUCAACGGUCCACACCAGUCCUGUGACACUGGAUGUCCAGAGGGAAGGCGGCGUGUCCACCAAAGGCCCGAGAGGAGGAGUGUUUGUGAUGUACAACUGUGCCAGACUGCACACGCUGUUUGACAGCUACGAGAGAGGAGUGGAGAAGGGUCUAUACCCAGAAAUCCCUGAAGGCUCCCAGCUCGACUUCUCUGCUCUGAAAGAAGAGGGCGAGUGGCUUCUCCUGUUCAAUUACCUCAUCCCGUUCUCUGAGCUGCUGGACCAAUCAGGACAAGCAUUAGACUGUGAAGGGGGAGGAGCCAGAGUCAAUAUUAAGACUGAACAGAUCUGUAAAUUUCUCGUGUCUCUCAGUAAAGACUUCAGCUCAUACUACAACAGAGUCCAUGUGCUCGGGGAGCCGUUGCCUCAUCUCUUCAACCAGAUGUUUUGUCGUCUGUACCUGUUAAGAGCGUUGAGAGAGCUCUACCACAGCGCUCUGGACACCCUUAACCUUCCCCCUAUCAGGCAACUAUAGCCUCGAAGUGGUUCACCCAUCCUGAGAUCACUGUUAACCCCACCUCCCCACCCAUCUGACACAAACACACCUAUGUUUUGCAAAUGUAUCACAUCCACACUUCAUUUACCAAUGAAAAUGUAUACAAUGUACAGUCAAGUAUGAUGUAUGUGUUAACCAUCGCGCUACUGUCAGAUUCCUGUAGCUGGACAUACUUUUUUUUUAAACCCAAAAAUCAUGUAAUGUAACGUCAGUAUGAGUUAGAGUAGGAGAUUGAUCGAUGAGACUGAAAGCAAGAAGGAAGAGCUAGUGUUGCUCUCACCCAAGGUGACAAAAUCUGCCUACCAAUGGCUCUAAAGCUCACAAAUUUAAUUUGUACAAAAACCUUGAGACUCCAGGAAAUUAAUGGUCCUUGUCGAGAAAUAGUCCAACCCCUCUUAUAAAACAUUAAAUUGGUCCAUGUUGGCAGAUUUUGUUAAUCUCUGGACAGAUCCAGUCUAGCUCUUUCCCCCUGCUUCCACCCUUUAUGCUAUGCUAAGCUGCUCAUAUUCACUGUACAUACAGGAGAGUGAUGUAAAUCUCAUGCUCUAACUCUCUGUGAAAAAGCAAAUACUGUAAGUGCAGAACUAAAUUUAGAUUUUGGUGGGUGUGGAAGAUUUCUCUCCCGUAAGAGUACCAGACAUCAGAAUUUUAACAGCCAAGUAGUCCUAAUCUCAGUGUCUGGAGUGUGAAGAUAGGAUGUUUUUUUUUUUCUUCUUUUGAAGCCCUGGUUUGUCAUUUUAAAUUCAAGUCUAAUUAUAUGACCACAUAGUACAUUUAUAUGCCUUUGACCUCUUUGACACCUGAGACUUUUAUUAUGAUUUUGAUGGCAUCCUAUCAAAAAAGAAACUUUCUAAAUUGCGCCAUUAUUAUCACAGUAACCAUCUAUUUAAUGCAGCUAAAAGUGUCUGCUCUUUGAAAGACAUCAAAGUGUCUUAGUCACUGCCUGAAGGCAUUUUAAUUAGCCUUGUUCAGCUGUUGAAGGUCCCAUUUCAUGUAUGUUACCCACCCUGUAUUUAUCUAUGCCACAUGAAUAUUUAUUACUUAAAGACAGAGAUCUGUACAGAAUAUAUAUUCUGCAUAUGAGUCUUAAUUGCUGUGAUCAUAUUAUUAUUUUUAGAGCCCUCAGAUCAGUCACAGUUAUACUGCUUGACAAAUCACAAACGUUCAGUAUCAAUCAACAUAUAGCAGAUGUUACAGGUGUUCAUAAGUUAUUUAAAAAAAAACAACAACUAUACAUUAGCAGCAUUUAGGGCACCGUGCCAUAACAUUAGGAAAUGCAUGAAAUGGCAUGAACAUAAUAUAUAUGAAGAGUUUUAUGCCAAAAAAAAUGUUAUUUAUAAAUUUUGGUAUGGGAAAAUAAUGACCUAACAUGUGUUGCCAUUUCAGUUAAUGACUGUUAUUAUGUGCCAUAGCUUGUUUUCACUUUCUGCUUCACAUUAUUUUGUAAGUUGGUGUUUUUUGUUUUGUUUUUUAAGUGGAUAUCUCAUGUUGGAACAAAACAGUUAAUGUACACAAGUAUCGAAUAUCUUACACUUCUCAUUGCAUGAAAUGUUGUUUGAUCCCUGCAAAUGUUGCUUGUCUCUGAAUGGCCUAUGUAUUAUUUUUAACUGACUUUUUUUUUUUUUUUUACAUUUUAUUUCCUGUACUAAAGGAACGGGAUGUUUAUAAAAAUGCUGAUUUGAUGCUUAUUUACAGUGACUGUUAACCACUGCUGUAAUGACCACAGUAUUAAAGCAGGAGAGAUGGAGAACAAGGCU